AUGAUCACUUUGUCAAUAAAUGAUGGCAUGCCUAUUUUAGCAGCGGCAUUUACGAAAGCAAACUGCGUGACCGCAAGUAGAGCGCUAAAGAAUCGACAACGUGCAGAAGUGAUGCUCGGCUUAGGUGGUGAAACUUCUAAAGAAUGUUCUAUUUGGUCAUCAGCCGUGGCAUCGGCAUUUAUUUAUGCGGCUGUGAUCGUACAGUCGAUCAAAAAAAACUGGUAG